AUGAGCCCCAUCACGGUUCCAGCUCUUCUCAAUGCCUUCAGGCUUCUGCUGCCUCUGAUUGCCUGCGUCUGGGGCCCCGCCGUUGCCGCCCCCAACUGGAGUGAACCUGACGAACUGGUGCACCUCUACACCUCCAGCUCCAUGUUGAGCGUUUUCCUGGAGAUCCGUCCCGACGGACGUGUGGGCCGCUCAGAGUCCCAGACUGUGGACAUGGUGGGCUACGGGCGGUACAUCCCGAGUUCCUUCAGCGACCAGGACUGUGUUUUUAAACACACGCUCUUCGAAACGAACUACGACAUUUAUGAAUCCGUCGGACACAAAUUUCUUGUCAGCUUAGGAAGCAGGAAGAGAGCGUUGAUUCCCAAUAGGGGCCUACCACGUUUUUCUCAGUUUUUACAGAGAAGGAAUCAAAUCCCCUUAAGUGACUUCUACACGGCACAGCCUCAGCCAGAAGCCCCCAGGGACAAUGGGGAAAACCCAUGUGGGGGCAUCUUGGCAGGAAAGAUACCGGAAGAAGUGCCACUGGUGAACGGAAUCCACCCCUGCUUUAUGGAGGGGGAAGAGAGUGACCCACUCGGCGUCACUCUGAGCAAAAAAUUUUCUCCCCCCGUAUUGGAUUCCUGA